AUGGCUACAAAAAAAUUUGAGGCAUUUGGUCUAAUCAUGGUCAUGUUAUGGGGUAUUGCCAUGGCUCAAUCAGGGUGCACCACUGCUCUAGUGAGCUUGAGCCCAUGUCUUAGCUAUGUCUCCGGAAACUCAUCGGCCCCAUCAUCUACUUGUUGCUCGCAGCUAGCCAACGUGGUCGUAUCACAACCACAGUGUUUGUGCCCGUUCACUGGCAAUGGUGGUGGCUCACCGAUGGGUUUGAACAUCAACCAGACUUUGGCUUUGGCCUUACCUGGUGCUUGUAACAUCGUGACUCCUCCAAUUAGCCGGUGCGAUGAUGGUGCUAAUGGACCAACAAGUUCUACGCCUUCAGAAAGUGGAACGAAGACAACACCGGGAACAAGUGUUGGCACAUCCGGUGGUGCUACGAAAAACCUUCCAUUUUAUGCCACGUUCGUUCUUUUCUUCGUAGCUACAUUUUCUUCGUACUAUAUCGCUUAAGUUCUCCUAAAAUUUUAUAUUUG